AUGUUCGAACAACAAAACAAGAACAUGGGAGGAUUAAUCGCGGCGCUGCAAUCACCAAAACCAGUCUACCGUGGAGAACUACCUGAGUUCGAUCCCGAAAGACAAGAUACCGACGCAAGAUCGUGGUGUACGACGGCAGAUUUGUGUUUUUCCGAAAAUCCACCGAGUGGCGGUCAACUUGUUUUAGCGGUCAGCAAGGCAUUAAAAGGUGAAGCAUCGUCAUGGCUCUCCCAAGUAGCUUACGAAGGAAUGACAUGGAGCGAAUUUAAGACACUUUUCACAUCACGAUUUAUAUCGACCGAGACUUUGGCUGGUACUCUCAUUAAAAUGAACAGCGAGAAACCGAGUGAAAAAGAAACACUACCUGCUUUUGCAAGUUGUUUAAUUGCUUCGCUGACUAAUCGUUGGAAGGAUGUAAGCAAAGAGGAAAUCGCCGUGGCAACAGUACUCGCCCACAUAUCGCAGUUUGACUCACACCUUCAACGUAUGGCGUUUACCACAAAUAUUGCAUCGAUGGACAAAUUACAGCAAGAACUGAACGCGUUUUCGCAUCUGAAGCGCAAGAUAAACAAUACCGUUGAAUCAUCGAAUACCGUCGAUAUCAUGCGAGCCAAGAUGACUUCAAUUAAGUGUUUCAACUGCGGGAAAACCGGUCAUAGGCGAGCUGAGUGUAGAAACAAGCCGGUGGACACGAAAGGGAGACCUACAACAUCAACAUCGUCAUCAAGCCAAGCAACGCAGCAACCGGCUGCGAAACCCCUGGUGUGUUUCAAAUGUGGAACACCUGGCCACAUAGCCGUCAGGUGUACGCACAACGGAGACGAUCCAAGUAACGAUGGCGCCGGAGCAGCGCGAAGCGAGCGACGCGUCGAUGUCUGCGUCGUACAACCAUCAACGGGCAAGUUACAACAUAAAGGUGUACUGUUAUGUUUUACUUUCGAUUCUGGUGCUGAAUGCUCGUUAGUAAAAGAGAGUUUUUCAUCAAAAUUUAGUGGUAAACAUUUUGAUAAUGUUGUUGCUAUGACUGGUAUUGGUCAAACGCGAGUGUUCAGCACAGAACAGAUUUUAUGUUGCGUAGAGAUAAACGAUCACCCUCUAGAAAUUUUAUUACAUGUUUUGCCUGACAAAUAUUUGCAAAAUGACGUCAUGCUAGGUCGCGAGAUUUUAAAUCAGGAGUUUUCUGUAAACAUGACGGCAACGGAGCUUUCAUUAACUAAAGUUCUUUUGCAAAAUGACGUCAUGCUAGGUCGCGAGAUUUUAAAUCAGGAGUUUUCUGUAAACAUGACGGCAACGGAGCUUUCAUUAACUAAAGUUCUUUGCGUAAAUUCGGUGAGUCAUAAUAAUGAUGGUACGCGUCAAUCGGAGUUGACUAAUAUAAAGACGGAUGUAAGCGGUAAUGACAAGUCUAGGCUUUUGAACAGGCUUAAUCAGUUUUCUGAAUUUUUCAUAACCGGUUUGCCUACACCGCGAGUAAACACAGACUACCGCGAGCUUAACAGCAACACCGUGCCUGAUCGUUACCCGCUUCCUCUGAUCACCGAUCAAAUUGCGCGUCUGCAUGGUCCCAAUUUAUUUUCAAAAUUAGACUGUGCUAGUGGCUUUCAUUUGAUUCCGGUAGGCGAAGAGUCCAUAGAAAGCACUGCUUUUAUAACAUCUGAGGGACAAUAUGAAUUUCUGACUAUGCCUUUCGGGUUGAAGAACGCCAUUUCGGUAUUCCAGAGAGUUAUUAUGAAUGCUUUAGGUGAUCUAGCUCACGAUUACGUAAUCGUCUAUGUUGAUGAUAUUUUAAUCGUCUCCCCCGACGUAGAGUCAGGUCUACAGAGACUUCUCACUGUGUUGGAAGUCCUCACCAGAGCCGGCUUUUCUUUGAACCUCAGGAAAUGCUCUUUUCUCAAGACGAAGGUAGAGUUCUUAGGAUUUGAGGUUGAGUCCGGCCAGAUCAGUCCUAAUUGCAGAAAAGUAGAGGCCUUGACGGCUCUACCGCCUCCAGAAACGGUCACCCAACUACGACAGUUUAUAGAUCUCGCUACGUACUUUCGCCAAUUUGUGAAAGAUUUCUCUAGAAUAAUGACGCCCUUGUACCGACUGACUUCACUGAAAGGUGAAUUGACUUGGAAACCUGAACACGAAGACAUUCGUCAGAAAAUAAUCUCUAUCAUGACAAAUGAACUAGUUUUGACGAUCUAUGAUCCAGAGCUUCCGGUAGAGCUCCACACAGACGCGAGUAAUUUAGGUUAUGGAGCAGUUCUGUUUCAAGUAAAGGGUGAUGAUAAGCGUUGCGUGGUAGCUUACUUCAGUAAGAGGACAUCUCCUGCAGAGAACAAAUAUUAUUCAUACGAGCUCGAGACUCUAGCGAUUGUGAACUCUAUCAAACACUUUAAGCAAUAUCUUCAUGGCAGAAGAUUCACUGUCGUUACAGACUGUAACUUGGCCGAGCAACAGUGCGAUGAAGAGAUUUCUAAAAUCAUGACCGAUUUGGAAAAACAUCAACUAGAGAAGGAAUUAGCCAAGACCUGUGUUGUACGUUCAGGUGUCUUUCACCGUAAAGUCCAAGCCGAAUUGCAUCCGAUACCUAAGGUAACGACCCCAUGGCAUACGGUUCAUAUUAACGUGACAGGUAAGCUUAGCGGAAAGAAUGAUAAGAAGGAAUACAUAUUCGUUCUAAUUAAUGCGUUGACGAAAUACGUUCUGCUCUACCAUACGACAAACAUUAACUCAAACAGUAGCAUUCACGCGGUGACCCAGAGUACCUUCAUGUACUAG